AGUUAUCCAGAAAUUUUGUUAUUUGAAAACCACUAUUUUAUUGAAUAGUUUUUUUUUUAUUACGCUUGGCUUUAUUUUGAAGAAUUCUACGUUAAAUUCCGUGUUCGAAUUUCGUAUUAUAAGUUCAUAUAUUAUGCAACAUGAACAACAAGAGAACGGAUGUUUACAAAUUCCUAGCGAGUACUGAAAGACUCGGUCACAUUUCUUUUUAUAAUCUUUUCAAGUUGUCUCCCCUUGUGUUUUCAAUGGCGGCAACCGUUAUGGCAAUUGUAUAUUUUUCUAUGAGUGGAUACUGAUUACGACUACAUUAAUGGGUAAAUCAAGGUAUCUCCAAUAAAAUGGAGGACUUGGACAAUAUAAUUAUCCACUCGUUAAAGCAGGUGGGGUGCGACAUAGAAGAGGAGGUGACGACCAUCGGGGAAUUCUCAACGGAGCUGGUAGUGGAGGCCGCUGUGAGAUGUCUUGAUAUAAUCCAACCGGGCUUGGGACUUGAACACAAACUCCCCCCCAACAUGUCCGCCAGAUACCGCUUGGGAGCCAGCAUUGCGCAAGCAUGCAAGGUUCUGGGUUAUCGUGGUGAUAUCGGGUACCAAACAUUCCUAUACUCAAGCGAGUCGGACAUACGGCGGGUUUUGAUGUUCCUCAUCGAAAAACUACCAAAAGAAGCAGAGAAGACUGUGGUUCCUUUUUCAGGCAAGCACGGUGCCUUGGAGCAGGCCAUCGCGGACGUUCUGCAAGCCCAGCUGGCGUCCGCGUGGCUGCCUGGCUUCUGCCGCGACAGGGGCGUCCGGUGGCGGGACGACGGCUCCUGGAGCAGGGAGGGCUACGGCCCUGCCCGGCCCUUCCUCGGCUGCAGUCUCGGCGUGCCUUCGUCCUCGUCCGCCAACUCCCAAGCGCAGCGCGAGUACAACGUGCACCACCUGCCCGUGGUGACGGACCAGCUCCCUGCCGGGUGCCACAUCAUCCCGUCCAUCAUAGCGCUGAACGCUGAGGGGCGGCUCUCCGGCGGCAAGCCGCGGCCAGGUGGGGCUGCCCCUCCGGCGGCGAGGGACGUCCUCGCGAGGGAGGCGAGUGCCGUCGCCCAGGACCUCACGCGACGCCUGGAGGAGACCGCCCCGGUCCCGGUCCCGGUCCCGGUGCCGGUACCGAAGCCGCGCACCGCUCAGCGGCACGACGGCCAGAGCGUGGGGAUCGGCAGCAAGCCCCCCGUCGCCCCACGCCAGGGCACCGUGAAGAGCGCGGUGGAGAAGCGACAAGAAGAGCUGGAAGCGGCCAGGCAAGCCGCGGAGACGCUGCGGCAGGAACUGAGCACGCUGCAGGCGGACUCCCGGCAGCUCAAGGCGAAGCUAGCUCAGGUGCAGGACGAGUGCCUGGCGGAGCAGCAGGCGGCCAAGGAGCAGGAGGACAGCUGCCUGCUGAGGAGCAGGACACACGACCUGCUGCCCGACGCCGAGGGCAACCUCGCCAGGCUGCAGUCGCUGGUGGACGGCUGCGCCCAGAAGCUGGUGGGGCUGGCCGCCCAGUGGGACAAGCGCCGGCUGCCCCUGCUGGAGCAGUACAGGAGCGCCAAGGAGUCCGUGUCCAAGAGGGCGACGGAGAACCAGCAGCAGGCGGCCGCCGCCCGCGACCUCAGGGACCGGCUGCAGGAGCUGGAGGAGGAGUCUCGGCUCAAGGAGCAGCUCCACGCUCAGCUCCGGGCAGAGUGCGAGCAGGUCACCAAGAACGUCAACAGGUCGGCGUACACCAGGAGGAUAAUGGAGAUAAUAGGCAACAUACGCAAGCAGAAGGACGAGAUCGACAAGGUCCUGGCCGACACCAAAGAACUGCAGAAGGAGAUAAACACCCUCACCGGCCGCCUUGACAGGUCCUUCACCGUCGCGGACGAGCUCAUCUUCAAGGAUGCGAAGAGGGACGAGGUCGCCAGGAAGGCGUACAAGAUGCUGGCCAGCCUGCACUCGGACUGCGAGGAGCUGGUGAACAUGGUGGAGGAGACGGGGGCCACUGUUCGGGAGAACAGGGAUCUCGAGGAACAGGUGGAAAGCGAGCGCGCCAAGAACGUGGCGGCCAACCUGGAGAGGAUCUCUGCCGACCUGCGGCAGAUGAAGCAGGAGAGCACGGCCCUCACUGCGCAGCUCAAGACGAAGACGUGAUGGUCGACGUCCCUCGCAGCCCGCGGCCUGCCGCCCCUUCCUCGGCGGUCCUAGCGGGCCGACGUUCGCCCCCCUUCCUGCCCUGCCCGCUCCCCUCCGACGCCGUGAAGAUGCGCUUCGUGUUCCUUCCUCCGUGAUGGUCCGGGCAUCUCGAGGUCGUCGCGCGUCCGGAAACUCAGACUCCAGCCGUUGCCGUCGCCGGAGAGGAACUGGAGGGUGUAGCGACGGUAUCCAGGUCUUGGGAAGUGAGUAUGUAGCGCCAGGAAGAGAGAAAGCUGUUUGUGAUUUGCUUGAUGUGCCACUUAUAUCUUAAAAUGACUCGAUUUUGUGACUGACUUAACCCGUAUUUACCCAUAAACUAAUGUUUUUUUUUUAUUAUUUAUUUACCCAAAUCUACUGAAACUAAAAAGUGGGGGUCACAUUAUAAUAGCAAAUUCAUAUUUUUCUGCUGGAAGACGGUGAAUUUACACAGCUACUAGCAGCGCAAAGGUCAGUAGUAAAUUGUCACUUCUCUGCUCCAACUCCCAGCAGCGAUGGAAACAACUUGGUUGAGAAACUGCUUGCUCUGGGGCUAAUCGGUUAUGCCACUUUUGACUGCUCUUGUUAUAGGCUUCCCGAACCUUGGUUCGGCAGUGACAGAUAAGGCAGAGGAUACACCACAUUGUACUGCAGCGGCAAAAUUUAGUUUUUUUUCUAACUGCUGCUUGCUGUGUCAGAGAGUAGGCCUGUGCAAAUACCAAUAAUUGUUUGCUGCGAAGCGAAUAUCAAAUUGAAUGUUAAGAAUAUUCGCGAAAUUGAAUCUAAUUGUGAAUAUUGUCCUCGGCGAAGCUGUAUUACACUUAUUUUAUAAAAUAUAGGAUUGAAGUAAAAAAAAAUUAUGUUGUAAUGUUUGAACUGAUUAAGUAAUUAACCAAUUGGGUCCCUAUGUAUAACAUCAUUCAGUAAAUAAAUAAAAUAGUCAUGCAUAACAUUAAUAUUGAGAAUUCAUAAAAGCAAACUGAGUGCCACCUUUUGAUUUUUUAAGUAACCAACUUUAUUCAAACAAACUAUAUACAACAAAAAACUGCUAAAUAGUUGAUCUUAGGCUCCCAAUGUAUUAAAGCUUAGCGACAAAUGCCAAGCUUUACAUUAGAUGCAAAGAUUAGCAUCACAACCGAAGCUUUAAAUAAAACAAAUAGCAGAUUUCCUAGUGAAGUCAACUAGAGCUGGGCCGAUCACCUAUUUUGCCGAUCAUGCCGAUGCCGAUCAUCUGCUGCCGAUCUUGCCGAUCUUCUGAGCCGAUUAGAGCCUUUCAAGUACCUCUGAUUACACGUUGCUUUUGACGGAUCACUAUAAACGGUGAAAUAUUCCCAGACAAAACUACUUUUCAUUGACAUGAUUACUUAAAAAUCACGACAAGCGACGACAUAAAUUUCACGGACUAGCGAUUAUACCGGUAAGCUCGGAAGGUCUUGUCAAGCUUCUCAGACACCAGCGUGCAGCUGGGUUAAGGCCAAGGUCAUGUGACGUAACAUCUCCCGAGGCUUACUGCUCCUUGGCAGCAGAUGGAUAAAAAUAGUAAACUCCCCAUUAUUCGUGUUCAUUGGGACCCACCGAUGCCCGGAUAAUUGAAAUUCUGUAAAAAAAAUAAAUAAAUAAAUAAACCCGGAUAAUCGGUUAACGGUAAGGGCCGCCUUCGAAUUGUUGUCUCGGCUUAAAAAAAUACGGCACUGCCUAGCCAUUAGUUCACGGUCAUUUACAACAGCCGAAGAGAGAAAGAUAAGAUCGUGCUGACCUUGUACACAUAAAUUUUGGGUAGCUCCCCACCCCCCUCCACCCCUUCGACCAGCCGAAUGCCAGCCAGACACGUCACUCGCCAUUGAUGUUAUAAGCAGGAAAACAAACAGAAACAUUAUAACAGGGUUCUACUGUACUUUCACGUGAUAAGGCCAGUAAAAAAAUGUUUGACAUUUGUUGACCACAUUUUAACAAUAGAUGUACAUCAAUAUUGCUGCAAAGUAUGGAACUUUUCCAACGUGUCAUGGGUUAAUAGCUCCAGGAUACCAGACUGAAAUUAUUUAUUUGUGCAAUAUUACUAAUAAUAAUUUGUACAUUGAGAAUUAUAGGAGUGAGUUUAAAAAUGACUAUACAACCUAAUACAUGUAGUCGUUAUUAAAACAUAUGUGAUUAUAAGUUAUAAGUUAUUAAGAAUUGUUUUAUUCUUGUUCUAUAUCAUUAUGGAUUUUUAAAUCUCUGUCUGUUCAACAAGCAUGCAAUGUAAAUAGUUUUGUUAGUACGAAAAAUUAAUUUUGUUAUGACAUAGUCAUGUAAAUAUGAUUUUUUGUAUAUUAUCAUUUUGAUGUAAAAUUUCGGACAUUUGUACUCUUGUUCGAAUGGUGUUUCCAUGGCUUGCUGUCUAUACAGGAUGGAACCAGUUUGUGUGUUUGUGUACAGUUCUGAGUGUCGAUAGUAAAGCAAGUGCCAAAAAGUCUCAGAAAUGUUGUCUGAUGUUGGCUUUUUUCACUUGGUACUUUAUCUUAUAAAGUUGACAAUAAUGUAGUGGUGUACUGGAUGUGUAAAUAUAAAUAAAAACAGCAAAACCAAGUUGUAGGUGAAUAAAUGAUGGUUGCUGGUAUAUGUAAUGCUGGUAAAUAAAUACCAAUACCAAUUAAUUAAUUUUUAUGAAAUACUUGCUUUUACAAUAACAUAACUGUUAGUUAGAAAAUUAAACACAAGAUGAAUUAUGUGUUGAUUAAUUUGUGUAUUUAUUGAAACUCCUGCAUAAGUUUGUCAUUUCAUAGUACAUAAAGUAUGAAAAUCUAGAUCAAGAGCUCAGAUAUUGAACAAGAGUGGUUGAGUAUAAAUGGUUAUAUGAGAGAAAAUGUAAUGGGAAGCAUAAGUAAAUAAGAUUCUCGUUGAUAUCUGUAAAGAAAGGUGGUUUAUUUGAACCAAUUUUGAAACAACACUGCUUGCAAUUCCUUGGCUGUGGCCGGCCAUUACUCGGCGACAGGUAUUGCAGACUGAGUAAGUAAAGGAACUACCAAAAUACAUGCAGCUUUUGAUCCAGAAAAAAAAAGUACGCUGCUGGCAGCUGUAGUGUCGCAAAAUGCACGAGAUAAUACGUAUUUUGCUGCAGGGCUCAGAACCUCCUUUCCCCAGGAAUUAGGGAUCCUCUCGUGGGGGCCUGCUUGCGCUUGCAAAGUUGUAAUUGUGAAAUGGAAUGAUUAAGUGAGCCCACGUAGUCAGGGGUGUAUCUGUGUAAGUGAGGCGGGAUGAUAAGCGCAACGCUCACUGGUGCUUCUAGCGCGUUAUCGCCUCUGAACUGGUGCAUAGGGAAACUAUGAAAUUUGAUUGGUAACUGUAUCAUUAGAUGGCGGAUAAAUGAAGAUAAAUGUGCUCAAGAAUCUUUACUGGGUAUUUGUCUAAAAAUUAUUCUGAAAAUGCACAUUUGAGUCCUUUUCACUCUCCUGAAAAUACAGUUUUAAAAUGAGAUACAAAAACACAGCUGCCAGUCUACUCUCAAAUCAUUCUUAAUGCUUUUUGUAAACAGACAGUUUUCAAAUCAUGUUGUUUCUUCUGAAAUUCUGCUCGCCCGUAUGUGUGCCCGGACAGGCGAGCCCCUUAAUAACUCCUUUUGCCCGCCUGCCCGCCCCCCCCCCCCCCCCUUUUUUUUUUGCCCCCUCCUGGGAAUCCUACAGAUUUUUGUCCCUGUUUGGCAGCAAUGGUAAUUUAUGUGACACUAAACUUAUAAAUCACAUGAUCACAUAAAGUAAUAGUUUUAAUGUUGUUUAAUAUAAUUCAUAAUGUUUAUUAAAAAAAAAUUUUUGUGAUCAUGAUUUUGUGGGUAUACCUUAAUAUUUAUACAGCUCAUUAAUAAAGUUCAGGGAGAAUAAUAUGUAUGUAUGAACUGAAAUAUAUACCUACAGCUUGAAUCUGAAUUAGACUGAUAGACUUCAACUGCUAUUCAAUACGACAAAAUAAAGCCGAGGCCACACACAAAGCUACACAAUGUUUGCUAUGUUCUCUGCGCGAGAUGGCCAGACAGGAUAGUCUAGUUCGCGAUGUUGGAGAGACGCAUGCCGUGGGAUUCGAAUGAUGAUUCCAAUGAUGAUAAUAUUCUUCUGGUCUCAAUGUGUGUGAAUGUAAAAAUAAAUCAGUUCACAAAUUUAAUUUAAAACCAAAAUAAUCUGAUGAAGCAAUUGCUAGUGAGGAGGAAACCAAAUUUAUGGAUUAUUUGAGGAUAAAUUCAUCUCAUUUUGAUAGCAUUUCUUAGAAUCAAAUCCCAGGCAUUGCCCUGCAUAUACUGUCUUCUAUAUUCUUCCAUCGUUUUAUUACAUAAACAUUAACUUAUCUGUUGACUAUUUAAAGCACAAUACUGAGAGAAAUUAAACUUCAUAAAAAGCGAAUGUAGAAGUACAGCACAAUUCCGCAUGAAAACAGAUGUUUUUGUUUAUCUGCUCAUGUGCAAAGUCAGCGACGUUGCCAACAUAGCGAACACAGCGAACACAGCUUUGUGUGGCCAGUGACAGCUUUGAUGCAGCUGGCUAUAUCAAGACCAUACGUCAUAUAGAUGUUUUUAAAUGUUUUCAACUUAUUUUGUCGUGAUGAACCAGCAGCUGAGUUUAUCUGUCGAAUUCAGACUUAUUCUGUGUAAACCACACACACACACAUUUGUUCUCUGUAAGCUGUUGUUUUAUAUUUGCUGUGUACAUACAAAGGAAUGAAAAUGUGCCAGGGCAUGUAAUAAAGUUGUAAAUAAAAAUUUUAAUGUUUGCUAAAGUGACUGAAGUAUGACUUACUUGUGUGCCUCAAUUUUGUGCAGUUUAUUAUUGUUAUUAUUAUGUAUUUUUUUAUAGUUAAUGUGCCUUUCAUUGAGAACUGAUGUUUCUGCAAUCACAGAGAAAAGUAUUGACAGUAUUUCGAAUGAAUACUGAAUAAUUGUGUUUUUUCUUGUGAGUGUAAGUGAUCCCAAGUAACUAGUCAAAUUUUUUUUUCUGAUUAUGUAGGGAUGGCUGAAGUGCAAGUGUGUUUUACUUCUUCUUUGGAUUUAUACUUUAGACUGGGAAAUUAUGCCAUUGUUACUGUGCCUGGCUCAUAUUUUCCACAAUGUUUAAACUUUUGUUAUUGAAAUUUCUUGAUAAAAUUAAUUUAAAUUGCUUGUUAGUACUGGUAAGAAUGCUUGAAAUAUGUUAAUUUUAGUUGUACAACAAAAAAUAAAUCUAAGCUGUUUGUCUUAUACGAUAUGAGGAAAUAUUUUUUUUUAAGUUAAAGUAAAGUUGCUGCGUGUUUCAUAUGAGAAUCAUUCUGAAAGCUGAAAGGGUGUAGCCUCUAAGGAGAGGCUGAAGCUGAUAGAUUGUGUUAUAAGUGUUCUAUUUUGUAAUAUUGAAAAUAUUGUGAAAAAAUAUUAUCAUUUAUGCAAACAAUUUUGGCUCAUAGAAGGGGUUCUUUAGGAAUAUACACUGGACUAGUUCACAAUUCGUGAAGUUCUCUUUAUGAAGACAGGUUUUUAUUAAUUUACUGUAAAGCUGUAAUUAAUCUUGUAGUGUAAAUCUAAAAGUUUCUGCUUAAAUAAUCACUACUUUCAUUUGAAAUUUUUGUGUGAUGAUUUUUUUUGCUAGCUGGUACUGAUGCAGAUACUAGAAGCAUACAAAUGCCAAUUAAAAAAUUAACUUAAUUUAAAAAUAAUUGUGCUCAAUUUCAUUCCACAACCCUUUUUUGAUUGUUUCCUUGAAGUUUGGUGGUGUGAAAAAUGUGUUUAUUGACUUGUAAACAAAUUAUUUUAGUAUUAUACUAAAGAAAUCUCAGCCUCAACACUGCUCAGAAACCGCAUUUACCAGUUAGAGAUAAGAUUUUUUUUAGUAAGUUUAUGUAAAGUGAGAUGGUGGAUGGUGCACUGAUUAACUUUAUAAUCUGGAAAUACUAAUUAAAUUUAGACUUUUAUACUGCCUGAAAUGUGAAGUUAAUUAUUGUAUGUGUUACUUUGUAAAUGUUGUGUUUUGUUAAAAGCAAUUGUAAAAAAAAAUGUUGUAAAUU